AACCCCGUCAGAAUAAGGGAGUUCCCGCAGUCAACACUACAACCAGACACACGGCGCCACCCCGAGGACGCCCAGCCGACGGGUCGUCGAGGCGAUAGCCGGCGACCAACGAUGCCGGUCUCCGCGGUACAGCGGCCCUAUCAGGUCGCCCGGUCGAUGCCGCUGGUGUUCCGGAUACUCCAUUCAGAUCAGGAUCAGAGCUAGCGACGCAUCGUCCCGUGAUAUUGAAGAAUUGACACAAUGAACCAGAAUCAAAACAUGUCAAUGAGCCUACUGGACUAUGUCUGCGAUUACUGCAACCGCAUAUUCACCAGGAAAUACAACCUUCAAACGCACAUAGAGAAUCUGCACGUGAACUCCUCCUGCCACUGCGAGGUGUGCGGCAAGAGGUUCGGCACCACCACCGGCUUCCACCUCCAUCUGUCAGCCGGGCACAAUCGUUACGGUCAACCGCUGCCCGAAUGCGACCUCUGCGGCCGGAUCUUCACUAGGAAACAGAACAUAGUCUCGCACAUGAUAACGGUGCACCUCCAAGGCUUAGGAAACGAGAUCCGGUGCCGCUUCUGCAGCAAGACCUUCACGACCGGACGUAAUUUGAAGCGGCACGUGAACUUGCUACACAAUCCGAACGUCGAGUACCCGACUUGCGACAUCUGCAAGAAAGUGUUCAAAGGAAAACCGUACUUGGUGACUCACAUCCAGAGCAUGCACAAGUCCGAGAGGGAAUCGAUCAAGUGUAACAUGUGCGAUAAAGCUUAUACAAACGAGCGCAACUUGAAGAGGCACGUCGAUAUGUUCCAUGGCGUCAAGGGCGAACAUCACUGCGGCUUGUGCCCUAAGGUUUAUUUGUCGAAUCAGAGUCUGAAACGGCAUCUGCGCACCAGACACUUGACCGGCGAGGAGCAGUACCGAUGCGAAUACUGUAACACGGUCUUUAAAGGGAACGAGGAACUGGAAGCUCACGUCCGGUCGCUCCACGCUGGUGAAGUAUCGGAAACGACAGACGAGGAAAGUAGAGUGGAUCGCCGCUGCGAGGACUGCGACCAGACAUUCCCCGCAGAGAAGCUGCUGAGGCAACACGUCAAAAACGUGCAUACGUUCAGCGCGUUUUAUAAAUACUGCAAGGAUUCGCUGACGAAGCGAGCGGCUGGCGUUCCUAAGGAGUUAUACCACUGCGAGUCGUGCCGCGAAGGGUUCAUUACGGUAUACGAACUGAAAACCCACAUGCGGAUCACGCACGACAUUGAAUACUCAUUGUCGACAUGCAAUGUUUGCUUCGAAAGGUUUUACAGCAAACUAUCGAUGGCCGAGCACAAGAGGCGUUGCUUGCCGCCGCCAGACGCGAAAGCCUGCUCCUACUGCGAUAAGCUGUUCACGGACGUAACCUCGCUCGAGUUUCACACGCGUAUAUUCCACCCGCAAGCCCGGACCGCGGACCCGGACACGAGACCGGCAAACCGCGACGGUAACUCGUUCAAGUGCGUCCAUUGCCACCGGAUUUAUUACAGCGAGCGCUCGCUGAAGCACCACAUUAAGCUGAAGCACAGCACGGACGAGGCGAUGGAGUGCAAGAGCUGCGGGAAGAUAUGCAGCAACAAGUACUAUUUAGCGUCGCACAUGAAGAUCGUUCAUAGCACUAACGAUUGGUCCAAAUGCGACUUCUGCGACAAACAGUUCAAAUCGAAAAGGAACAUACGGCGUCACAUUGAAUACACGCACAUGGGCAUGCAGAGGCACAAGUGUAUAGAGUGCGAAACGUUAUUUAAAGAGAAACGAAGCCUAAGGAAGCACGUCAGGUCUAAACACCCGAAUUCCGCGCUGUUCCCUCAGUGCCACAUAUGCUAUAAGCGUUUCGAAUCGGCCAAAUCCUGCAAGAUCCAUUUAAAGCUCCUCCACGCGUUCAAUAUGGACACGUUUCCGUGCCAUCUGUGCUCCGUCUCGUUCGGCAGCGACGAAGCCUUGUCCAUACACCUCAAAACGAAGCACCUCGUCGAAGAUCAGAUUUACAAAUGCGAAGAAUGCAAUCUAGUGUUCAAAGGUCAGGACAAGUUCGACGCUCACAACGAAACGCGUCACGUUAAUUCCGCGGAGAGCUCGAAGCAGAAGGUCCUGCCGCGCUGCAUCCUCUGCAUGAAGGAUUUCAGCACGCGCAAAACCCUCAAGCGGCACAUCAAGAAGUUCCACGAGGGUUUCGACGCGGACGACCUGGCCAGUUUCGGCUCGAAACGCCGCGUGUUCAGUGUUGACUGCGAGGACUGUCAGAGCAGCUUCAACGACGACUUCCACUACAGCGUGUACAUGAAGUUAAGGCAUCUACGGGAGUCCGUAGUCUUCGAGUGCGGGAGUUGCGGGAGCUCAUACAAUUCAUUGGAAUUCGCGAUACAGAGGUAUAAAUCGGCGAAUGCGGACGCCGCGAAAGGGAAGAUGAUCUUGAGCGAUCUGUGCACGGCUGAGAUGAGCGACGGGGACGCCGAUAACCCUGGCUGCGGGUCUGCGUACGAGACCACCGACCCUGGAAUCGCGAACGACGAUGCGAUGUUGGAAUCUCAAGGACUGUGCGCUUAGUGCCAAUUUUUUAACGUUCUCGAUAGCGUAAAAGUUAACUCAUAUUUGUAUGGAACAGGAUCGUUUACCUACGUUUGCCGCUAGGGGCGCUGUUCCAACUGCAUACAAAAUUGGGUUAACUUUUACUCUAUCGGGAAAGUUAAAAAACUCGCAGUAAGCACACUGGUCGAUAUCGAAACCGAACCGUGAUGCGGAACGUGUUGUUUACGGUCUAAGGCCAGCUUAGUUCCAUGGUUCGUCAGGAGGCCAAGAUCGCCCGAGUUUGCAGUCAUCGGAUGAAUACCUUACCUUCAAUAUACUGGUGGUAGGACCUCUUCUGAGUCCGCAUGGGUAGGUACCACCACCCUGCCUAUUUCUGCCGUCAAGCAGUAAUGCGUUUCGACUUGAAGGGUGGGGCAGCCACUGUAACUAUACGGAGACCUUAGAACUUAUCUCAAGAUGGGUGGCGCAUUUACGUUGUAGAUGGUCUAUGGGCUCCAGUAACCACUUAACACCAGGUGGGCUGUGAACUCGUCCACCCAUCUAAGCAAAAAAAAAAAGAUGAAUUCGAGAACGAUAUAGCGAAUAAGGGAUAAAAAAAAACUGAGAGCAAUACAAAUGAUAAUUAUUAUUACAUUAUUCGUUGUAAAUUUAUGACUUCAUUAAUUUAUAUAAUAUAUACAUAUUAUUGUCUCUCAUUUAUCAAAUUAAGACUGUUUCGUUUAUAAUAAAUGUGUAAAGAAAAUACAUAUAAAUAUAUACAUAUUAGAAACAAAGAAAUACUUUUUCAUUUCUUAAAAUGAAAAUACAAACAUUAAUUCAUAAUAAAAAAAAAUUAAUGGUAUUUAA